UUUAAAUGAAGAUUGUAUUGAUUAAUUUAAUUAUGAGAAAUUCUUACACUGAAAAGAGUGGAGAGUGCAUACACGAGUGACAACUGACAAAAGGCAGGAAAACCCAGAAAAACAAAAAGAAAUGAGGCCACAAAUAGUGCUGUUUGGGGACUCACUAACACAAAGAUCAUUCGAAUCAGGGGCUUGGGGUGCUGCAAUUGCUGAUAUUUACUCAAGAAAGGUUGAUGUUGUGCUCCGAGGUUAUGGUGGGUAUAAUACCAAAUGGGCUCUGUUCUUGUUGCAUCACAUUUUUCCUCUGGUGUCUUCAACUCCUCCUAUUGCCGUUACUAUAUUUUUCGGGGCUAAUGAUGCUGCUCUAUUAAGUGGCACCGGCAGAAAGCAGCAUGUGCCGAUUGAAGAAUAUAAAGAAAACUUGAGAAAAACGGUCCGCCACAUUAAGAAUUUGUCCAAAGACACGCUUGUUGUGCUUAUAACUCCACCUCCUGUUGAUGAGCAAGGGCGUCGAGAAUUUGCAAGGUCUUUAUACGGGGAUAAGGCCUCUGAAGUACACGAUCGAACGAAUGAAGUGACUGGAAAAUACGCAAACAAGUGUGUCGAUUUAGCCAAUGAACUCGGCCUUCCCUCAGUCAAUCUAUGGUCCAAAAUGCAGGAAAUCGAUGGCUGGGAGAAAAAGUUCUUGAGUGAUGGCUUGCACUUGACGCCCGAAGGAAAUGCGGUCGUUUUUCGAGAGGUACGGAAAAUAUUCGAUGAAGCCGGGUUUUCGAGUCUUCCCUAUGAUUUCCCUCCACAUUCGGAAAUCGACGGGGAAAAUCCUGAAAAGACAUUUUUGCAACAGUGUUCUUCUGUGUGAUGUAACUUGGCUGAAAAUUGAAAUUCUUCAUUUAAAACCAAGUGCCUGGACUCUAUAUAUAUAUAUAUUUGGCAAAAGAUUUGUCUAUAUAUAUAUAUAUAUUAUAU